CCACCACCCCACCCCGCUCCUCAUCAGCAUGCCCUUCCCCACGCGCGCAGCCCCAGCCGUCGAGUCCUCACCGCUCGCUCUCCCGCCGCUCCAACAAGCCCUGCAUCACGAGCUCUUCGCUCGUCCCGCCGCACUCGCCCAGCGCAGCGCCUAUGCCGACUUCUGGCGCGCCCAGAGCUCGGCGCAGGGCAAGGACGGACAGAGCACGCGGCGCUUCGGACGCGACAUUGUCGAUGCGGACUUCUUGGACGAGGCGAUAGCGCAGCGUAAGGCGGCACUGGAGAAGAAGAGGGCGGAGAAGGCGGCCAGAGAUGCAGUCGUCAACAGCGCGGCGGAUCUGUCUGUCCUUUCCAUCUCCCUCUCCUCCUCUGCCCCUACCACGUAUCUCGAUCCACUCGACGGAGAGGAGGAGACAGCACUCUCGGCACACUCUGAUCUGCGCGAGCUUGCGAGGGCGCGCGACUCGAGGGCGCUGCAGUAUUUGCGACUCGAGCGGGAAGUGUCUCGUCUCAAAGCUGAGCGUAUGAAGGUUGGCGCUUCCAUCUCCGCCAAGCGUACCGAGACAUCGAGCCUCCUAGCCGCCCUUCAACAACGACCGGAGAGCGGCAGGACACGAGUGAGAGCACUGCAGGGCGACGAAGGCGCCAGAGUGAGAAGGCUGGAGAAGGCACUGGGCGCCGCUAGGGGCAAGAGAGAGAUGGUCAGAGGCGUGCUGCGGGGCCUAGUCCUGGAAUCAGGGCUCGACUGGCUGGCAGACGAUGCGCUCAAGGAGGCGCUGUUGGGCAUGGGGGAUGAGGGUGAAAGCGACGAGGAGGACGAGGGGGAGAUGAGCGACGAGGGAGAUGAUUGAGAUUGGAAGACUUGACUCGGGGGCAAGCAUGGAGGAGAGAGGCGUUGCGAGGUUUUCAUCCCACACGCUCGGACGCUCAGCCGCUCGGUGCCUCCGGGCGCUGUGUGAAGGAGGAGAAUCUGAUGUAUACCCAGGUCUUGCAGCCGUGCCUUGCUUUGUGUGCUUUGCAGCUGGUUGCGCGCCUCGCUGGCGGCUCUCGCCCGCAGCUGCCAUCGUGCCAAUGGCUCUGGCAAGCCGUCGGGGAAUCC